UGGCCCAAGGCCUUGACAGAAGCCACGAAAAGAAACCCUAGACCCUCCUGAAGCUGCAUCAACGCAAGCUGCUCGGUUAGCUGAACGAAGCCUGUGGACUGGAUUGCUCGCUCCACACCAGUCCGUUUCUCUACUCUUGCUCUCAGCUCUUUCGUGAAAGCUUUGCUAUAUUCCUGUGGUAGCAGAAAUGAGUGGCCGCUUUUCUCGGACAAUUUAUGUUGGCAACUUGCCAUCAGAUAUAAGAGAAGGGGAAGUUGAAGAUCUAUUUUACAAGUAUGGCCGCAUACUGGAUAUUGAGUUGAAGAUUCCACCUCGUCCUCCUUGUUAUUGUUUUGUGGAGUUUGAGAAUGCUCGGGAUGCAGAAGAUGCAAUCAGGGGUCGUGAUGGAUAUAAUUUUGAUGGCUGUCGUUUGAGGGUUGAGCUUGCCCAUGGUGGUAGAGGGCAAUCUUCAAGUGAUCGUCGUGGUGGCUAUGGUGGUGCGAGUGGGGGUCGGUAUGGCAUCUCACGCCAUUCAGAAUUUCGAGUUAUUGUUCGUGGACUCCCAUCUUCUGCUUCCUGGCAAGAUUUGAAGGAUCAUAUGCGAAAAGCGGGUGAUGUGUGCUUUGCUGAAGUUUCUCGAGACGGUGAUGGGACUUUUGGUAUUGUUGAUUAUACUAAUUAUGAAGACAUGAAGUACUCCAUUCGGAAGCUGGAUGACAGUGAGUUUAAAAAUCCUUGGGCUAGAGCUUAUAUUCGGGUGAAGAGGUAUGAGCGUACUCCAUCAAGGAGCCGUAGUAGAAGCCGCAGCAGAAGCAGGAGUCCAAGAAGGAACCGAAGUAAGUCAUUGGAACGAUCGCCAUCAAGAUCAGUGUCAAAGUCUAGAUCAGCAUCACCUGUUAAAUCACCCAGAGCAAGGUCAAGGUCAGCGUCAGGAUCUCCCAAUGGUAAAUGACUCUUGGUGAGGAAGGAGAUAGAUCUGAAGGUGGCUGAAUAAUUUAAAAUUCCAGUGAAAAUUCUUCAUGGCCUGUAAGAUGGACUUAAGAGGAAAUUUGACCAGAUAUUGCAUGGGAUUAUUACAUAAAAAUGUCUUGUUGAAAAACUUAGAACUAGGUAUUGAAUAUUUGGCGUGAUCAUUCUAGUGUCAAUUCGUGGAACUACUGCAUCGUUCAUUUAAUUGUCCUUUUCCUAUUAAACUUCAGUUUAUCAACUCAGAUUGCCAUCUCUAGAAUCAUUCUAGUGAAUGUUCUGAUUUGAUUUCUUCUA